CGGGGCAGGAGUCCGCCCGCCGGGAGAGGCGCAGCGCCAGCGCUCCGCAUCCCUGAGCUGUGCGGGAUGAGCGCGAUGCUGCGGGCUGCCCUGCGGCGCCUGCCGCUCCCGCACCGCGGCGUGUGUCCCGGCCCCUCCGCUGCCUCGCGGGCCCUCGGUGGUGCCUCGGGUGCUCGGGGCGGGAAAGAAAGCCAAUCUCCUUCCUUGCUGAAAGAUAGAGCAGACACAGUGAUCAUUGGAGGCGGCUGCGUUGGUGUUAGUCUAGCCUAUCACUUGGCGAAGGCUGGCUUACAGGAUGUCGUUCUGCUGGAAAAAUCUGAGCUCACUGCAGGAUCUACUUGGCAUGCAGCUGGCUUAACUACUUAUUUUCACCCUGGAAUAAACCUGAAGAAAAUCCAUGCUUACAGCAUCAAGCUCUAUGAAAAGCUGGAGGAAGAGACUGGACAGGCUGUGGGGUUUCAUCAGCCUGGCAGCAUCAGAAUUGCAUCAACCCCUACUAGGGUGGAUGAAUUCAGAUACCAAAUGACUCGUGCUGGUUGGCAUCCAACAGAGCAGUACCUAAUUACACCUGAGAAAGUGCAAGAGCUAUUCCCCUUAUUGAACAUGGAUAAGGUUUUAGCAGGCCUAUAUAACCCUGGAGAUGGUCAUAUAGAUCCCUAUUCUCUGACAAUGGCUUUGGCUGCAGGAGCCAGAAAAUAUGGUGCCCAAUUAAGUUAUCCAGUCCAAGUGACUAAUCUAAACUCUCGAUCAGAUGGGACAUGGGACGUUGAAACUCCCCUUGGAGUAAUUCAAGCAAAGAGAAUUGUCAAUGCUGCAGGAUUUUGGGCCCGUGAAAUAGGCAAAAUGAUCGGCCUGGAGCACCCUGUCAUACCUGUCCAUCAUCAGUAUGUUGUGACAUCAACUGUCCCUGAAGUGAAAGCCCUAAAAACAGAAUUGCCUGUGAUUCGUGACUUAGAAGGAUCAUAUUAUCUAAGGCAAGAAAGAGAUGGUCUUUUAUUUGGUCCAUAUGAAAGUCAGGAGAAGAUGAAGCUGCAGGACUCUUGGGUCACAAAUGGAGUCCCGCCAGGUUUUGGAAAAGAACUUUUUGAGUCUGAUUUAGACAGAAUAAUGGAAUAUAUUGAGGCUGCUAUGGAAAUGGUUCCAGUUCUGAAAAAAGCAAACAUCAUAAACACAGUUUCAGGUCCUAUCACUUAUUCUCCAGACAUUCUUCCUAUGGUGGGGCCGCAUCAGGGUGUCAGAAAUUACUGGGUAGCUAUUGGGUUUGGGUAUGGAAUUAUACAUGCUGGUGGCAUAGGAAAGUACCUGAGUGACUGGAUCCUUGAAGGGGAACCUCCAUUUGACCUGAUAGAAUUAGAUCCUAAUCGCUACGGAAAGUGGACCACUACAGAAUACACAGCUGUCAAAGCAAGAGAAUCUUACGGUUUUAAUAACAUUAUUAUUUACCCUAAAGAAGAAAGAUUUGCUGGGAGACCAACAGAGAGGUCUAGUGGGCUGUAUGAUUUGCUGAAAACAAAAUGCUCAAUGGGAUUUCACGCAGGAUGGGAACAACCUCAUUGGUUCUACAAACCUGGAGAUGAGACUGGAUACAAACCCAGUUUUCGGCGCACAAACUGGUUUGAUCCAGUGGGUCGUGAGUACAAACAGGUUAUGGAAAAGGUUGGUGUGAUUGACCUGACACCAUUUGGCAAGUUUAAAGUAAAAGGUGCUGAUUCUGUGAAGCUGCUGGAUCAUCUGUUUGCAAAUGUUGUUCCAAAGGUUGGUUCCACAAAUAUAAGCCAUAUGUUGACACCCAGAGGAAAAGUUUAUGCUGAGCUAACAGUGUCUCAACUGUAUCCAGGAGAAUUUAUGCUUGUAACUGGCUCAGGGUCAGAACUUCAUGAUCUGAGAUGGAUAGAAGAGGAAGUAGCGAGAGGUGGAUACAAAGUUGAAAUAGAAAACGUGACCGAUGAGAUGGGAGUACUGGGUAUAGCAGGUCCAUAUGCACGACAGGUCCUCCAGAAAUUGACAACUGAGGAUCUGAGUGAUGACUCAUUUAAAUUUCUCCAGUCUAGACAUUUGAAACUCUCUGAUAUUGCUGUUACUGCCAUAAGGAUAUCAUACACAGGUGAAUUGGGAUGGGAACUGUAUCAUAGAAAAGAAGACUCUGUAGCUCUUUACAAUGCAAUCAUGGAUGCUGGCCAAAAAGAGGGAAUUGACAACUUUGGAACAUAUGCUCUGAAUGCUUUAAGGCUAGAAAAGGGUUUCCGAGCCUGGGGGGCAGAGAUGAACUGUGACACUAAUCCCUUGGAAGCUGGACUGGAAUAUUUUGUAAAGCUAAACAAGCCUGCAGACUUUAUAGGAAAGAAAACACUGAAGCAGAUUAAAGAAAAGGGACUCAAACGGCGACUGGUUUAUCUCACCCUGGAAACAGAUGAUGUUGAUCCAGAGGGAAAUGAAAGUGUGUGGCAUAAUGGCAAGGUUAUUGGCAACACCACAUCUGGAUGUUUCAGCUAUAGCGCUAAGCAGAGUCUGGCUUUUGCAUAUGUUCCCAUAGAGCUCAGCAAAGUUGGACAGAAGUUAGAAGUUGAACUUUUAGGAAAAAAUUAUUCAGCAGCUGUGAUACAAGAGCCACUGGUGCUGACCGAGCCAACAAGAACACGCCUUCAGAGAAAGGGUCAAAGUCCCAAAAUAUAAACACAAAUGAGAAUACAGGAAAUCGUGCAGUAUGAAAUAGUUCUUUUUCUAUGCAUGCAAUUAAGAGAAUUAAACUACUCAGGGUCCUUAAUUACUGAACAUAAGAACCUGAUUGCCAUUCUUCACUGGAAAAUUUGAUGGCAUUGCCCUCUGGCUUCUCUGUAUCCACUGUUCAUUUCAGAGAUCAGAGCACAGCUGAUGGACCAGUAUGUGUUCACUCUUGUCAGUAACAGCUGAGAGCAGAAAAUGGCUGGGAAUGAGUAGAUCCUUGAUUCAGCUUGCUCAGAUUUUGGCUGUCAGAUCUGAAUUCAGGCAGAGGAAAAGAUUGCUCUUAGUAUUGACUAAUAGCAAAUUAUUCCUUCACCUGGAGACUCAUAGUUCAUCCUUCAUCUGUCCUUGGGCUAAUGUAGCUUAUCCUUACAACUGGCUAUAACUUCACAAACUUAUCAAUAAAAUAAUAUCACUGUUAUGCACAAAAAUGCUCACAAGAGAAUUGAAAUCUAUCCCAUGAAUCAUUACAAAGUAAUAAAAACAAUAUUAAAGGCAAACUGAAUUGCUGAU